AUUGAACAUGGAGAAUUCAACGAUCGUAUAGGUAACAAACUGAACUCAACUUUCAUUCUUGUAGUCGCUUCUCUGGUUGUUCGUUGUGUGCGGUCCAAAAGAACAGAAAUUCAUUCUCUACCAUUUUCGGUGACAGAACAUGUGAUUUCGGUUAUCGAAGAGUGCUUGUAGUUUUGAAGGCAAUAUUGUAGAACAAAAAAAAUGCGUGGUAUUAGUGUCAAGUGUAGGAUUUUUGUAACAGUUCUAAUAAUUGCACAUGUCAGAGAGACAUGCGGUCAGUUAACAGAAACAGACUUCGUUCCACAAGUUUCGGCUACGUGUAAAGGAAACCACAUGAAUAUUCGAGUGAAUUUUAAUAACUCGUUUAGUGGAGCUGUACACGCUAGGGAUUUCCGGACGACGUCUUGUAUGAAAUAUGGAGACGGCUCAAAAUCAGUUACACUCGACAUCAAUUAUAUGGCUCAGCCUGGAGCGCCAGAUUAUUGCGGACUGUUUGUUAACAAUAAAACGGAAGAGCGUUCAGUACCUAUAGCAGUACGUAUUCAUCGUACACUCGAGCUGGCCGACGAUAAAUUCUACGUUAUUACUUGCGGAAAAUUGGGCUUUAGAAAUUCCAGAAACGAAACUUCCUCGGUAUCUUUGAGACUUAUUGAAAAUAACCGAAAAGUCACCGAAGCAGUUUAUCAUCGACCAUACACCUUACGAACUGAAAUAUCCAGACCGGACGGUAUAUAUGGAUUUAGAGUUAAGAACUGUUUUGCUUUCAACAAACCCAAUGACACCGUACUACUUUUGGACGACAGAGGAUGUCCGAUAGACGAAGAUACACUUUUAGGUCCGUUUGCUUACGAUAUCAAAACAGGAACCGCGAAUGCGCAACUCAAAUCGAUGUUCAGGUUUCCAGAUAGCUCCGAAGUCCAUUUUCAGUGUGACGUAUCCCUUUGCAAAGAUACUUGUCCUCAGUUAAUAUGUAGCGGAGAUUCAGUAAAAUCUAGAGCGCUAAACGCAGACGAAGGUGUACUAAUGGCAGCUACAAGUGUCUUCGUUGUAGAUCCAGCCGACGCUCCACGGAUACAAGAAUUAUGCGACGAUGGAAACGUACAUCCUUCAUGGCUACUGUGGUUAUGUGUAGCACUAGGUAUACUAUUCUUAUUGAUGUUGAUAAUAAAUAUUUUCCUAUGCUCCGCCAUGACUUGCGCCUGCGCUAGAACGGAAAUUAUCGAGAAGGAACCUAGUAUAAUAGAAGAUUACGAUCCUUAUAGAAGUUGGCACGGAAGUCAAUACGGAUCAAGGUAUUCCUUAAACGGAGCGCCUCAUAAUCCAAAAGGAUACGCGUCAGGUGGUUCGACAAUGAAUUCAACGCGAUCCGUAUCUUCACACAGCGACCAUUACGCCAUCGUCCAUUCAAGGCCCGGUAGUAGAAGUUAUAAUUCCAAACCACGAGGUCCUCCGUCACACAUCGGAAGUCACUAUAGCAACAAAUAGAAUUAAAUAAAGAAGAUAAUAGGUACCUUUGAAUGUGUUCACCAAAUCAAAAUGAACUACCAUAUAGUCGCACUAAAAGUUUAAGUGAAAAUUUUCAAGAAUGGACGUGAAAUAUUGGAACUAAUUAGUUUUAUAAACCGAAAAAUGAACAAUAUUAGACGAUAAAAGUGUAAAACGCAUCAAUUAUCUUAUCAUUUCGACCAUAUCCUUCCCUUCCUUACCACGCUUAUUAUUCUCUAUUCUCUCUCUAAGGAGCUACUCGAGAUCCUGGUAAUCAUCGUUAACAAGUCUUUUAAUAUCCUUUAUUCUUCCAAGUUACCUUCUCUGUUGUAAUACAUCAUCUUCUUCAUCUAGAUAUUGAAUCGAAUCCACAACUCUUCAAAUCUUUUCCUAGUAGUGUCGUCCAUGAUCUAUUGACUCUAAUUCUGAUCCAUGUUUUGAUAGAUCUACUCAAUCCUGAUGUUUCAAGAUGUAUCCUUGCUUCAUACUUGUUUUCUAUGCUGCUUGAGAUUUCUUUUAAUGGAGCAAAGGACCUCUAUAAUGUCCGUUUCAGUAAAUGAGCUGUAGAAGAAAAAUAAAGUUACCCUUCGAAAAAGAAGGUUUGAAGAGGUCUAAGGGGGAGGACAAGGCGACAAAGACGCUCCUGUCAACCCCUUGUCAAUGGACACUUGAAGACGCUAAUUCCAGCAGACAAUGCACGUGCAGAUUCUGUUAUGUAUGAAAUAGAAGAAGAAGAACAGCUUUAAUUACAUAUUGGUUAUUUGCUGUUGCUUCAAAUUGAAUAUUUCUUUCCUCAAAUCCAUACUUCUUGUACAUUGUACACAAAACAAAUCAUAUUAUUAAAAUCAGAACAUUAUCGUGUAAUUUCGUCACUAAUUAUUCUAAAAUGAAUUACAGACAAUAAUAGAUUGUAAGGUAAGAUAAUAAAAUUACUAAUUUAGAUGAAUGUAAGUUAAUUUAGAUGCGUGCUCUUGCUCUAUCUCUAAUAAAUUGUAUUGAACGAUUUCUCUAAAACUGACUUUGCUUAUUUGAACAUUUGUCGACCUAGUAUUGACGAGUAACUUUAUAAUUAUGCUUCAAUGUUUUUUUCAAAUAAGAAAUUAACUAUAUACUUUGUUUCAAACCACGAUAAAUACUUUAUAUAAUUCUUCAGCGUCCCCUUUACAAUUUGAGUUAACUAAAGUUGCAAGCCUUCAGUAAUAAAUUAUCACGCAAUAUUAUAUUUUUGUUUUUCUUUAAUUGUACACACUUAACUAUUGUGAUAAAUACUACACAUCAAUUUUAAUAAGUUUUAAUGUUAUUUUGAUCCUGCUAUAACCAUUAAUAUUAUUAAUAAUUAUCGAUGAAGAUUUUUCAAAACUAACAAGAAAAAAAUAUUAUCUAGUCCAUUAAUUGACAGAAAAUAAAAUUCUUAUUAUAUAAUAGAAAGUAUAAUAUCUAACUGAAUUUAAAGGAAUUUGAAAAUGUAAAUUAUAUUAAUAUAUAGGUUAAUGAUCGAUUGUUAAAAAUUGUAAAGAAAACUGUAAUCACCUUUGUAAAUAUUAUUAUACAACAAUAAAUUUGUGAUUAAUUCUCAA